AUGCUGCUCCUGGCAUUUUUUUUGCUUUGUGCCCAUGUUUGCCGGAGCUUUCCAAAUGAAGUCUGUGUACGGCAAUGGGACUGUAAGGAGGCCUGCAGAGGAAGACCAUCUACCCUGUGCUGCAGGGCUUCACAUUUGACUGAGCGGUUGCAUGAUUUGGACACCUACCCCCACCAGCGGCCCCAGGACAAAAGCGAAACGAUAAACUUCAAUGAAUUCAAGAAUGAACUGUGGAAGUUCCAGGACGGCUUGAAAUUUGCAGAACCAACUGAUGUACACCAACUGUGCUUGGAUUUCCUCCGAUUUCCAAAGGGGUCUAUUUUCAUGGAGCAGCACCUCACCAGAUGUUCUCGGGCAAUGCUGAACAUGGCUGUCAUGGCAGAUGUUGCGUUGCAUCAGGGACAGCUUGGAAGCAACAAGACAUGUUCAGAGGUGUCGCUCAAGGCACGCUACCCUAUGAAGCCAGAAGAUGAACAGUUUUACAAAGAUCUUGCGAUGCAUCGAUUCUGGCCUUCUUACCUGAGGUGGUACCAUUUAAUGGUGUCAAGAUGGAAGGUUUUCGCGAUGUUGGCAAACCAUACGGCGAUUUGCACCGGUCUUGGGUACCAGUGCGCUGCUUUCAAUCCUUGGGAGCCUGAGAGAUGUUUUGCUCAUCACGAACUGAUCAGGGCUUGGUCCCCUUCUUGCCAUGAGAAACCCAAAACUCCUACAAGACCUCCUACGCUAGCGACAGACUGGCUUGGUGUUCGGCAUAAAUGUGGCACAGGGUCAAUGCCUGAACCUCAAGUCCAGCCCGAACUAACACGGCAACUGGAGUGUUGGGGUCUUCCUUGGGGCCCAGUUCCAGGUGAGGAUUAUUUUGAAACCAUUUCGCUAUUGCAGGCACUGUCGAGACUGGGUAGAAGUGGUGAAUUUCCUGAGUUUGUGCAUGUCGAAGUUGGUUCAUCUAUUGGCUUUUGGUCGCUGAAGGCUGCUAAGGCUUUUCGCCGGCAAUUUGGCAAAAAGGGCUCUUGCACCGUAAUUCUGAUCGAAUCAGACUGCCCCAAGAGGAAGAUAGUGGAGCACCUCAGGGAGAACAACAUUUAUGACCUGUGCAACAUCUCCAUCUUUGAAGAGAAUGUCACCGCAUCCUUCCUCGAUGCCCUUGUCCAAGGGUAUGGCCGCAUCGACAUGCUACACAUUGACAUACAGGGGGCGGAGCUGGAGCUGAUCAAGGGUAGCAAGCGUUUGUCGAAUGUCCUACACUUGCACAUCGGCACCCACGGACUGUUUAUGGCCCAAUCUAUUUCACGGAUGGCAUACUGGCAGGAUCUGGCAUCCUACUUGACAAGGCUAGGCCGAGAAAUGGACGAGAGUCACCAGGUCAGGUCCUUCACCCCAGUGUUGGGGAACUGCAGUAUGGCCGAGCCCGCUAUACUUUGCUGGGACAGGAGCGUGUGCAUUGUAUGGAAGCCACCUGGCUGGGAGGUGACAGUGACAGAUGGCGAAGAAGAUCAAGCAACGUACAGCUCAGGUCCACAGCUACAGGAUUGGCUAACCCGUUGCUUUGGCAAGUUUGUCCCCAUUGCUUAUGACUCGGUGGCCUCCCACGGCCUGGUGCACCGUUUGGACCGUGACACGUCGGGCAUGGUGAUGUGGGCAUCAACCUACAGCAGCUACUUCUCCCUUCGGCUGGCCUUCGCAACGGAGAGGGUGCAGAAGGAAUACAUUUGCUUAUGUGAUGGGUGGCUACGACGUGGACCGCGGCUGCUCACCGGGGCGAUUCGGAGGAUUCCACUAGAGGAACCUGGUGCUGGACCUCGCACCAGUGAAGUCUCUGCCACAGGGCGUCGAGCACGAACUGAGAUCCUGCAUGUCGCACAUGUGAUGGGUGCGAGUGGUGAGCCUAUGAGCCUUGUGAAGGUUCGCAUUUACACAGGCCGCAUGCAUCAGAUUCGAGUUCACCUAAGCCAUGCAGGAUAUCCUUUGGUGGGUGAUGUGACAUACGGAGGCAGUGAGCCAACCUGGAUGCCACGGAUUUUCCUGCAUGCUGCCCGAUUGGUGCUCCUUCGUGAAGAUGCCACCAGGCUUGAAAUGGAGCUGCCUCUCCCAGAGGCAAAGUCAGCUAGCCCAGUGCCGUGCAGAGAAGUCAAGCGCCCAUCAAAAGAAGGUGCUGGCAACCGUGCUCCGGAGCCAAAAGCUGCUUCGAGCCCGGUCAAGCGACCUGCAGGCAAGGCGGCUGGCCGUGGUCCUGGUGGAGAGAAGCUCCUUCAGGCCGCGGUGAACCUUCGCAACAGCAAAUCCCUGCGUUUGGCUAUGUCACGCUCUACCCAGGCAUCCCCAGCCCUCAUGGCCAAAGCACGUGCUCUUUUGGAGCGCUUGGCGGCUGCAGAAUCGGCAGCUUUUGAAGACUUGCGAGCAGCAGAGCGGAAUGAUGACCAAGAGCCUCCAGUACCCUGGAGGUUGGUGUGCUUGGAUUUCGACAGAACCAUUGCGAAGGAGCAUAUGUGGGGCACCUACAAGGAAGCACCAUUGGAGGAUAUCCCCGUGUCUGAGGAGACCUUCACUGACUUGGCACUGUUCCGGUGGUUGGUGCGAGCUGUGCGGAAGCGGGCAGGAGAAGUCGCCAUUGCCACCUUCGGCCGUGCAGAUGUGGCGGGCAAAGCCAUGAAGUUUGCGCUGGGCGAAGACCAUGGCGUUGUGAUCACCACUCCAGCGGACUUCCCAGACCCCGCACCCGACGAGGUCAACGGCGAGGUUGUGCACUGCCCGGAGGGGAGUUCUUGGCUGGGUGAUAAAAACACCCAGUUGGCCUCACUGGCUCGGCGCUUCAAAGUGGCGGCCACUGACAUGAUCUUAUUUGACGACGACUUGCACAAUGUCGAGGAGGCUGCAAAAGCUGGUGUUGCAGCCUUUCAUGCUCCCGCUGGGCUCAAUAAAGCCGCUGUUCAGAAAGUUGCCGAAUUGAUCGGACUCACUGGACAGUCAGAUUGA